GUGUAUCAGAUCACAAGAGGUUUUUAUUUCGUAUUUUCUUCGCUCCCUUGUUCGUCGUCUUGUUCUUCGAUGGCGCACGCAGUCAAGGAGCGUGCAUCGUGACGUCGUGCGCGAGAAAGAUCCAUUCCUCGUGUAUCGGAGGAGCCGCCGCGAGACCUGGUCUCGGCGUGGAUUCUUGCAGCGAUUUUUAAAAGAGAGGAGCUGGGAAUCCGGCGAAUCGGCACUGUUUCUAGCUGGAUUAUGACCAUCUUGUUCGUGGCUGUGGCAGAUUAAAGGCGAGCAACGACGUGCUGCGCAAUGGCGCUGGCCGUGUCGAGCGAAAUUCGCAUUGCCGCUCUGUCGCCAUUCCCAUCGCCGCCGCCGCCGCCGACCUCGACUUCUCCGUCAUCUUGCUCGUUUCUACAAGCCAGCUAUGGUGCCAGCAAGGGGAAAUCGUCCAUAGCUAGCAUUCCGGGAAAGAAGACUUUGAGAACUAUGAUGAAGGUAGGGGGCUACGCGAUUUUGCCAGAGGAAGAAAGUCCGUGUACUUUGCGAGAAAGGAUGGGGCGUGGGCUGGAUGUAAGUUGUAGAGCUCAGAGCACCGCUCCAGCCACGGAGACUGAGCAAGAAGGCUGGGAAAAGCGUCAGAACGAAGCAGAAAAUGGAGGAUCGACGUCAUCCUGGCACUGGACUCUAAACUGGAACGAGAUCACUUCAAGCAUUGUUGUUGGCUCUUGUCCACGAAGUCCCGACGAUGUGGAUAGAAUUGCCGAGGGAUGUGGGGUCAAUGCGAUUCUAAGCGUGCAGUCGGAUGUUUGUUUGGAUGCUCUCAAGAUACCAUUUGAGAGCAUAAAACGAAGAGCGUCAGAAAGAGGCGUCUACUUGGAGCGGGUCCCUAUCCGGGACUUCGACCACGGUGAUCAGGCACUGAUGUUGCCAGAAGCGGUGAGGAUGUUAAACAUGCUUGUCGCGCGAGGAUUGAAGGUUUACGUCCAUUGCACUGCCGGUAUCAAUCGUGCUACGUUAACGGUCGUAGGAUAUCUUACAUUUAUACAGGGAAUGGACCUCGAUGACGCUGUUAAUGUUAUUAGAUCAGCUCGAAGCAUAGCGCAUCCCUACAUUGACUGCUGGAUCGAAACCAGGAGAAGAUUACUGGACGGAAGAUCAAAAGAGCUGACAGCCGUGUCAAGACAAAUCUAUGAAUGUCGCUGCAGCAAGGGCCUUAGUGGCAAUUCCAAAUCGGACUGGGAAGCAGCACAGAAACAAGCAAUUACGAACACGUUCAAUCGUUGGCUAAAAAUCGAUCUGGGAGUGAUUGAAACGGAGCUGGAUUUACUGGAUCGACAAUACGCUGCAGCGUUGAGAAAAGUCAAGACGGAGUUUGAGCGAGACAUGUCCGAUGCUCGAUCAGAAAGAAACCACGUAAGCUUCGACUACACGCAGUAUGUAGCAGCAGCAGCAGCGGUUGCUCCGACGUCAACAAGAGCCGGUGAAGAAGAAGACGAAAAGGAAGGAUCAAACGAGGAAGAACUAACCGAGGAGGACGAGGACGAGGACGAGGACGAGGACGAGAACGAGAACGAGAACGCAGCAGUGGAGUGCGAUGUCGUAACGCGUCAGUGUGUGACGAAACAAGACGAGGUGUUUUUGUGUUUUUGUUCUUGCAGGAUCUCAUGUUGCAAAGGCCGCUCAGAUGGUAUCUGUCCAGAAGCCACUGAAAGGACUUUGAUCGAAUCUACAUUGACUAAAAGUGCGCUCACUGAAAUCGAUGUGAUGGUGGCGGGCAAAGUUUGAAGCAUUCCGGCUAUCAUUUAUAGCAGAGAGCGGGAAGAACAGUAGCGGCGGCGUUUUGGAGGGUUUCGGAAGCAAGAGAGAAGGAAAAGAGGAGCAAGGCGAAGCAAAGCAACCAUGGUGAGCUACGAUGCCGAGGGCGUGGCGCUGGCGAUCCUUCUCUUCAUCGUGGCGGGCAUUUGCGAGGUUGGAGGGGGCUGGCUGGUGUGGAAGUGGAGGCGCGAGGGAUGGAGCUGGGCCUUCUUCAUCCUGGGCUCCAUUCUGCUAGUGGUGUAUGGGAUCAUCCCCACGCUCCAGAGGCAGACGUUUGCGCGGACCUUUGCGGCGUAUGGUGGGUUUUUCAUUGUGCUGUCGCUGGUGUGGGGCUGGAUCACCGAGGGCGCGCGGCCGGAUGUGUGGGACGUGGUUGGAUCGAUCGUUGCUUUGAUCGGGGUCUCCAUGAUCAUGUUUGCCAGGAGAUAGGAAAAUCUUACUCUUGAAAAUAUCUUUUCACUGUU